AUGGUGAGUGCAGUGCGACGAGCACAACGCUUUAUGGAGAUAACGGGAAGAAAAACAAUCGGUGGUCCUUCAACAAAGCUGGGAUUUGAUAAAUCAAAGGUGAAGUGUUUCAAGUGCAAGCAGAAAGGCCACUUCAAACGAGAAUGCCGAAAUGCAUAUGUUGAAGAAUCUGAGAAUCCAUUCAAGGAUGACUACUACAAGAAAGCUAUCUAUCAUCAGAAUAAGUCCGAACCGCCAAGAAUAAAGCAAUCUGAAGACAACAAAGGAAAAUCUAGAGCUUUGGCAGUGAUUUACGAUGAUGAAGGAUAUGAUUGGAGUAAGGAAGUAUUACCUGAAGAUGAUGCUAUUGGUUAUGCUUUUAUGGCGAGUCAUAAUGAACCAAUUCAAUGGAAGGAUAAUCGUACAGAACAACAAAAGUACGAAUAUCGAAAAAUGGUUGCUGAAGCAAAGAUCAUCCGACUCUCAGGUGUUUAUGAAGAAGCAAAACGUGCAAACCGAUGGGAUCCAGAUAGAGAGUGUUAUUUGGAUGAAUAUGGUAACAUUGCUGUCGACUACAAGAAGAUAGACAUUGAAGCCAUUAUCCAAGAAUACAAAGAAGAGGAUGAGUACUGGCAACACAAAUGGUGGGGUACACCAACAUCGAAAAUGAUAGAGGAAGAAAGAGAGAAAGAAAGAAGAGAAAAGGAGAAGAUAGAAGAACCUGUGAAAAUUGACACCGGGUUGAUCAACACUGCACAGGAGAUGACAGCUGAAAACUUGAGAGAAAUGGCUGAUAAAGUGCUUGCUGUCAAAGCACUUGAGGUAGAUUCUACUCCUAAUUCUGAGUCAAAGAAACAGGUCAGUCAAACUAAGUCAUCGACUGUGUCAGUGGUUGAUGGAAUUGUUAGCGUUGAGGCAGAAACCACUGUGGAUGAUGAUGAUAAACAAUCUGCAAUGGGACGAGGAAAAGACACUAACAAAGGACACAAUGUUCCAUCUGCAAUUGAUGAGGUCUCUACAAAAGGAACAGAAGCAGAAAAAAUGGCUGAGUGCUUAAGAAAAAGCAGAAUUGCUAAGGCAUUGUCUGAUACAACAAUAGUUUAUGAAUCUCAUGUUAGAAGAUUUUGGGACACUGCAAGGUUUGAAGAAAAGGAUAAUAAAAUUCAUGCAGUAGUCAAGAAGAAAGAUGAAAACAACAAGGAUAUUGAUGUUGAAGUAGUGUUUGGAGUAGAGGACAUAAGAAGGGUUCUUGAUUUACAAGAUUCUGACAAUGAUCCAACGAUCAUGUCAGAACGUCUUGCUAAAGGGCUAUGGUGUAGAUUGGGAUUUUCUUCACACAUCAACGGAAAAAUGUUCAAAAGGAAACCUCAAAGAAAGCUAAUUGAUGAACCUGUCAUAGAACCGAGGGAGGUGGUUGAUAAAGGUGUUGGUUUAGAAGAGACUUUGGAAAGCUAUUUUAAAAAGCAUGAAGAGGCUGAACAAGCACAAGCUCAAAAGAAAGUUGGUCAAGAAGAGGAAGCUCAAAAGAACUCCAGUAAUGAAGAUUCAGAAGAAACUUUAUCUGAAUCUGAACUGGUCAAAGAGACAGUGGGAAAAGGAAAGGUACAACUGAAGAAAAGACCUUUAAAGAAAAGAAAGAAUUCUGAAGAUGAAGAUUCACCGUACAAUCCUGAGGAUUCCCAGAAAAACAGAAAGAAAAGAAAAGCUACUCGCACCGGUGAUAUUCCAAGAGUGGUUAGAGCAAAGAAACAGAAUGCUAAAUCACAAAAAGAGAAGGAAGGAAAGAAGAAACAGGACACUGCUGAAACUAGUCCUGUAGUUGAGAUACCAAAAGAAGUUCCUUUAACAGAAAUUCCAAUAGAAACACAAACUUCUUAUGAUGAUUAUGUGGAGAUCACCGGAGUCAAAUCUGCUAAACAAACAUCUGAUCGUCAUGAUAUUCCAGAAUCAUCACAACGAAAGACAGAUUAUUUCAACUUAGAUUUUGAUAGCUUUGGUGGUGCUACUGGAGAUUUCUUUAAAGAUAUGCCAGAGAGUGAAGGAGACCUAUUUCAUGAUAAAAAGAUGAAAGAAUUGGAAGAAAAAGUUAAAGCCUUGGAAAAGGAAAAGGAAGAAAACGAAGCUGUACAAAUAAAGUUGAAGGAAAUGAUUGAUGAGUUGGAGAAACGGCACGAAGACGUAAUGGAUGCAGUGUUUACAAAAGAUGAGAAAUUGAAUGAAAUGAAGGAAGAUAUAAAAGAUAAUGCAGAACUUAUUAGCGCACUUACUGAUGAAAUUGCUGCAUUGAACGCCAAAGUCAAAGACUUGCAGAAUAUCAAUCAGACUUUGAAUCAACUCUUAAAUGAGAUGAAUGAAGCUUCGACAAAUGAAAUGAAGGCAAUGAAGCUAGAGAUGGAAGCUAUGAGAGCAGAUAAGGUGAUGAAAGAUAAGCAACUAGAAAUGCUUACGGCUGUGAUUGAAGCACAUCUGAAGGUGAACAUCCACGAGGCUUUUGAUCAAGUUGACAUUAUCAAGGCAAAUGAAAGAAGGAAAGAAAGAGAAAGACAGCUUGCUGAAGAAGCUAACCUGAAAAAUAAAGGCAUAGCAGAAGAAGUUGAAGUUGUUGGAUCUUCACAAAAUCAACUUGAGGUAGGUGGAUCAUCUUCUCAACCAGAAAUUGAAAUGGUGAAUGCUCAAGAUGUUACAGUAAAUGAUGAAGAAAUGGUGGAAGCAGAAAAUGAAGCAGUUCAUGAACCAGAGUUUAUUAUGGUUGGUGAAUCUGUAGAGCCUAUUAUUCCGGAGAAUGUUUUGAGAGACAUUCAAAUCAUACAAAGAAAGAAAAAGGCUAAAGAAGUAUUACUACUGGAGUACUCUACCGACAAGUUUGUAUUAGUUGGAAAAGCCUAUAGAGUGCCCUAUAGUGAAGAAGAAUCUGCCAAGCUGUUAAGAUUUUUUGAAUUAAAGGAUCAAGGAAAGAUAGCUAGAGGAGAAGUGGAAGAAGAAUCUGAUAGUGAUUUUUGGGAGGAAGAAGAUGAAGAUGAUGAUAAAGAUGAUAAAGCAGACGAUAAAUCCGAUGAUGAUGAUAAGCCUGAUGAUGAUGAUGAUGAUCAAGGCACAUCGGGUUUGCUAAUCAAUGAUCCAUCUGUUCAAGAUAAAGUAAAUGAACUCAUGAAUGAUGAAGUGAAUGAACAGAAUGAUGAUGCAGAGUGUGAAGGUUCAUCUUCUGGAAACCAAUCCGGUGAUCAGGUACAUCAACUCACAUCUACUUUUAUUUCUCUUUCUGAAUAUCAUCAAGGAGAAGUAGAUAUUAUUAGAACAAGAGCUGAAAUGCUUGAGGAGUUGGGGUUAGAAGAUGGGAAGUUUAAAUUUGAUAUCGAAGAUUAA